CAGUGAAUUAUCGGAUUUUCAAAACAGUUUCUUUUUAGGUCUUGUCCAUUUUGAAAUAUCAUUGAUAACGCUUUCUUUGAAGCUCCGCAAAUUGUUGGCGUAUUCACGAAGAUCAAGCAUCAAACCUCUAUCAAGUCUAAAAGGAUAUCACAACAUAACUUCGCCCAAACCAGUAAAGAUUUGAUAUAGUAACCACAUUUUCUGAAGAUGGGUGAAUUCUUCCUUCACGAUUACACUCACGUUCAGGAUGAUGAGUUUGCCAAAGAGUUGAUGGGAAAGUUUGACAAAUUCGAUUGCCGCUUCAAGGCAAUACAUCCAGAAAAGCCGGUGUCAAUGGACCCUGAGGUUACCUACUUUGGCAACCGCAAGAAAAAACAAGACUUUUUAUGUCAGUACGACCAGGUGUACCGGCAGAAGAGCACGUGGAACCAGCGACUGCAUAGAGAGGACGCGCAAUACAAACUGGCUGCCGUUCACAUGUGGCGAGAGGAGGCCGACCGGACGGUGCCCGCACUGGGCAGCAGUCUGUACGGCCACCGGCCGGCCAUCGACGCCAAAAAGACCACCAACAGUCAGCGUAUCCACGUAGUGGAGCAGGAGUUCCGCCGACCGCGCAACGUCUUCCCCGGCGACGGACUGUAGAGAGGAGGCGCUGCAUGGUGGGUGGUGGAUGCAGCGGCGUAAACGGAGGACGAACGGAUGUAAUAGAGCGGAUGUAACGGAACGAGUGUAAAGGAACGGGUGUAACGAAACGGGUGUAACAAAACGAUUGUAAUAGAACAGCUGACACG